UAGCUUGUGUUGCAGCCAGCGUGGGGUCACCCAGAGAUUAACUGUAUGUGUAAACCCCCAUCGUCUCUUCGGGUCAUCCUCGUGCGAAGCCUAAAUCACUUCCAGCCUUUCUCCGAGUGAGCCAACAACAUGGGUACGAGAGGAGUUUGGGAUAUUCAACAGUGAGAAGACCGCGUUAGCAGGCGUCAGCGGAGCUCCAGACAAACGUCGCCCUGCAAUGAUGUGACGCUGAUGGUAGGCGGAGACAAACGUGCAUCAGGCUACAUAAAGAGGAGCUGUUGAAUCUAUCGCCGAGCCAGGUGUGGUGCAGUACGGUACUGGGGAGACAAUGCGGUCCGACAGCAUUUAAAAGUCAGCGCCCGAGCACAAGUGUGUAAGACGAAAGAUACACCCCGGAGAUUCCGAAGACGCAGAGCAACAAGAAGGAAGACACCAACUUACCUGACAUCCAACCUCCACAGUGAUACGAUGGACAAAGUAACAGCCAUUCUCGUGGCCGCAAUCACCUUCAUUUGUGCUGAAGCUGCAACAGUCAAGCCCAGCACGCCUACUAUCAUCACCGUGCGGGGUAUGGAGGGCGACUCGGUCACCCUACCGGCCUCCUUCCGUAAGGACUACCGUCUCUUCGCGCUGACGUGGAACAAGUUGUCCGGCGGGAUGUACGGCACCAGGAGAGCUGUCUACAUGUUCUCUCCGGCAACCAACUCAACCAUGUCCUUCGGGCCGCUCGAGAACAGAGCUUUCCUGACCAAGGACCGCUCCCUGACCAUCGUGAAUGCAGGUACCAAAGACGAGGGUCUGUACGUCCUGACGAGCCUGCUGGAUGUUAUUGGACAGGAGGAGCACUAUGUUCUCCUGGAGAUGCAUGCUCCACCUCAGGUUCAAGUAGGCGUCCCAAGCCCUCUGCAGAUUGUUGAGGCUACGUCAUUGACCUUAAACUGCACAGUUGACCAACCAGGAGCGUUGAUACAGCCGCUCUUCUGGAGGAAGGAUGACGCCAUUGUUGACACCUUCCACGUAGUGUCUGAACAGGAGAGUAACCAGUCGUACAUGUCUACCCUGUUCCUGGCGUCAGUCAGCAGGGCCCAGUCUGGGAACUACUCGUGUGUGGCCAAACACAUCGGCGGGGAGGAGACAGACAGCGUGUUCCUGGAAGUCACAUAUCCGGCAAAAAUAAUCAACAUCUCUGAGGCCAACGUCGUUCUUCAAGGUGAAGACGUCAUCCUACGAUGUCUUGCGGAAGGAAACCCAGUCCCUAGUCUCAGCUGGCUAAGAACAGGAGAUCCAGACCCAUUAAGAUCUAUCGUGCAGACCGUUUACACCGGCAGCCGGACUCUAAAGAUGGCGCGGUCCCAGGCUAACGGCAGUGGAGAGUACACCUGUGUGGCGGCUAACGGCGUCGGCAAACCGCACCACGAGUCGGUCCUGGUGUCCCUGUCAGUCGUGAAUGCAGUCACCAAGCUGGAAUCAAAAACGGACGUAGGCCUGGGUCUAAUGUCCGGCAGUAAGCUGUACACCAUCCUGGUGAUUGCCGGCAGCGUGGCCGCCGCUAUCUGCCUGCUGGUCGUCCUCCUCCUGCUGGCCUUCCUCCUGUGCAGACGGGGGAAGACCUCGAGUCGGAGACACUCCGAUGUCCAGAUGAACAACAUGGCGACGGCGACACAUAACGGCCGAGUCAACGGCGACAAACCUGAUAUGAGACCACACAGAACAUCCAGUGAUAAAGGAACACCGGCAGCGGAGAGAAGAUUCGCAAAAGUUUCCACGCCAUACGACUCGGACCAGUGCGGUUUCCUGACCCUCCAGAUAAACGACAUCGUGGAGGUUCUAAGAACAGACAACUCGGGCUGGUGGUACGGGUACCACAGAGGCAAGCUCGGCGCGUUCCCGGCAGCCUGUGUGGAGAUGCUGACGUUAUCAAAAUCUUCCAGUCAGAAGAAACUUUCUGCAUCAAGCGAGACAAAUUUGAUUUCUGACAAACGGACAGUUACGUCCUGAAGAGCUUGAUAAAAUGUAUAUACUUCAGAGUGUCAUCCUACCAGCAGAAACUCAAACACAGCUCGAAGCAUUCUAAGCAUGCCCCAACGAUGGUGCCUUCCUGGAACUCGUGCCUCCGGAGAAUUGUACGGAAUAAAGAGAAGAGCGGACGACUGACUGACAUGCCGGGAACUAGGGAUACGGAGUACGCAAGGGAUCCGUGUUUCCGCUAAUACGGAAUCGGCGUCAGAAGAGGCCCUUCAAUGUGGCAAACGAUAAUGGAUAAACGACGAUGAAAGGAUAGAGACGUGUUGGACCACCUGUGGCGAUCUCAACACCUUCAAGCCUGCCUUUGGACAAAGCUUGACAAAGUGUUGAGCCAGAAUAAACGAUGUCAUUAGAACCCUUACAUCUUGGGUCAUACAGAUCCCGGCUGUAGAUGGAGAUAGACAAUGGACAUCAUUGGUCAACAAAAACGCAAUAUAUGUGAAGUCAUUGAGGGAGGCGCUUACGAUGUGUCAGGACGUUGGCAUUGGAGGUCAAAGUGCUCGCGUCUAUUGUAUUUGUCCGUGCAGUAUGCUCUUCUGGGAAAGUGAUAAUUUGGGUGUAAACAUCAGACCCUCGAACAUUGUAUUCAGGAACAACUGCUUGCCCAGUUUGAUACUAUAUUCAAGACCUACUGGUUUGAACAUUUGUCAAACCCAUCAUACUGUAGGUGCCAAAAGGUAAUCUUCGAACAGACCUCCCGUGGCAAAUCGUGACUGCCUGCAAAGAAUAGGUGGCUAAUGGGCCUACUCCUGGCCGGAAGUUACAGUAAACUUUGAGAUUACCAAACAUUGGAUACGUGUGGCAACGCCAGCAAAACUAUGUGGCUAUAAUAUGGUAUUCGUGGGCGGCUGUGGUAAUAGGUACAUCUUUUCACAAUAUUUGGAAAAUCAAAUUCUAUGAAUCAAUCUCAUUUUUGUUCAAGCAUUUGACAAAAUGUGUAAAUGAUGGGUUAUUUCUGGGAUUUGUCUGUGGUUCAAAGAUGUAUAGUUAAUAUUUUAAUUGUACAAUACUGUCGAUGUUGGCAGAUCCAGUUCCCAUGCAGAUUCCACACACAAACGAAAUUUGGGCCUAUAAUAAGAAUCGGUGGUGGAAAACCUCAGAAUGAGACGCCUAUGGAGUCCUGAUGACUUAGCUUGAGUUCUGUGGUAAGCACAACUAAACUGACAUAAACAACGUCAGACAAGUAUGUAUUUUAGAAUUCAAGUACGACUUACAACUUAAAUAAGCAAUAUCUUACUGGCACUUAUUUGAUACAUGAAGAUAGGAUCAACAACGUCUUCCAUAGACCAGAACGUACAUGUACGUCUAUUGUGUUCAGGUUGCAUGUCUACGACAGAUUUUUCGUUUGACUUCAUCACGAUGUAACGUUUCGCUUGUUAACGCUUUUUGAGUGGUCUUGGAUUUAAAAAAAACAGUCUCCAGGAAGCGUUCCCAAAUAACCGAUCAGAGACGCCUUUUUUAAGAUGCAAGAAAUUCCCUCUUCAGGGACGAAAGUAUCAUUGAUAACGAUAUCUCAACUUUAUGUACAUGUUUCUAAGGAGUACAUGUAUUAUUGACGUGUUUGGUUUGUUUUUCUAUUUUGUAACGUAUGUUUCUUGUAAUUAGAAGUUACGUGUUUUUCUGAGGGUAUUGCCGUGAAAGUUAGUACAUGUUUCGUCAAGGUUGCAAUGUGGACGAGGCAAUAACUUCUGCCAGCUCUGAGUCAGAAAUGCAGUUAUUUUCAAAAGACACAAACAAUGUGUGUGCAUGUACAGACUGUGCAAUAUCGUGUUGUGCACAGACGUAUCGACUUCAGUAAGUCGCAAUUCCGUCUCACAGCGUCUGGUUACGCGUAAGUCUUCUUUGUAAUCGUACGUCCAGCUAGUGCUUUUUGCGAUCGUACACCUAUAGUCUUGCUUGGUUGUAGUGACUUCACGACAUCGAUGCAACUGGUAUCCAGUAUCUGUGAUAUGAUGUUGAAGAAAAAAAGAUCUAUCAGUCUUCUACCGUCUUGCAUCAUUAACGUGAGGUCUUCGCUCAUCAGAUAGCCAAUAGUAGGUAUAUAAUAUGUUUGAAUAUGUUGCCUAGUGGUUGUCAUAAGAAUCUGGAAGAAUA